CGGAACCAUCCCCAUCUUUCAUUUGUUUAGUAUAAAUACCAUCAGGUCAACCCUUUUUGGGAAGCCAUUAAUCAUAAUACUGCAUAUUAACAACGCACCACGCCUUCCCGCCGCCAACAAUCUCAAGCUGGGAGUGAAGCAUACGCCGCAGCUGAGCAUAGAAAGGUAGAAGACGACCGCCGUCCGCCGACCUGGAGUCCGGGACACUGGAGAUUCGGAGACGCCGACGCAGCGCAAAGAGAGAAGCCAGCAGCCAGUCCGGGACACCACCCUUUUCCAACUCCAAUUAUCUAUGCAAUUUUAAGGGUGUGGUCUGUUUUAUAGCCUCUAAUAGAGCCCUACUUCCACCUCCUCAAGUGAGCUCUACCGAGAGAGAGAGGAAAAGCCUCUCAUCCUAUCGUAGAAGCUUAUUGAGCAUAUAAGCACACCCAUUCUAUUCCAUCUUAGUGCUUUCAGUUGGGCCGCCCCAAAAAUCAAUUACCUUAGCUGUUCCAAUCUAUGAACGAGGCUUGCGAGGCAGGGAACACUUUACUGGUUUACUCCUCAGUCUGCCCGAACAGCAAAUCCAUAUAGUUCAUAUUUACUAAGGAGGGAAGGGCAUGUGCAUGUGUUUUGCUGGUGUUCAAUUGGUAUGUUAUUCAAAAUGCAAAUGUUUUAACGUCCUGAAGGAGUUCAUCACUUCUUCACACUCUUACCACUGUAAAAGACUACUUAGCUGUUCUGUUAAUCAUUUGGAGAACUAUCGUUCUAUUGUUGAAUCAAGUAGCUUACAGAACCGGUUCAAGAAUUGGCAACAUUUAAGAAAGGGAAAACUCACUGCAAGCACUUUCAGCCAGGCUAUUGGUUUUUGGCCCCAUCGAAGGGUUCAGCUUUGGAAAGAGAAAAUUGGUCAUAUUGAACCAUUCUAUGGGAACUUUGCCACCUGCUGGAGCAACAUUAAGGAGGAAGAAGCUCUUGAGAGUUAUAAGCUUAUCACUGGAAAUUAUGACGUAUCCAUGGUUAGUUUUCAGGUUCGUCAAAGCACUAAUCCAGAAGAAGAUGAAUGGCUUGCAGCUUCCCCUGAUGGAGUAAUUAAUGGAUUUGGCAAUGGUUUGCCUUCCUCAGGGGUUUUGGAAAUAAAGUGCCCAUACUUCGGUGGUGAUAUGUCCGUAGCGCGGCCUUUUAGUAGAAUACCCCUUUAUUACAUCCCUCAAGCACAAGGUUUAAUGGAGAUUCUGAAUCUAGAUUGGUUGCACCUAUAUAUCUGGACUACCAAAGGGAGUAGCCUUUUUAUUGUGUAUCGAGAUAAAAAGUAUUGGGAAGACAUGGAAAAAAUACUGUCUGACUUUUGGUGGAAUUAUGUUCAACCUGCUAAAAAAAUGUACGAUCUUUCAAGUAUCAGAAAUCCCUUGGAGGAACUAAAACCACUAGGACUAUUUCCAGGACACAGACACGAUUCGUGUGGCAAACUUGUCUGUGAAAGCAGCCGUAUUGCCCUUAAUGACUCUAAAUUGCUCCUACUUGAGAUUGAUGGUAAAGUUGCAAUUAUGUGAUGCUCCCUUUUGAUUAGUGAAGUCCUUUGAACUGGAUUAUUUGAUCCAGAAAGUUGACGGAAGACUUUUGGUCUUCUACAUAUUUGCUGACGAUCAAGGGUAACUCUCUUGAACUCAAAGAGAUAAUCUUCGGUUCUAGUUAUAUUUUUAUGAACUAGACUGGCUUCUUUUGGAUGAUCAAGGGCAACGCUGAAAUUGUCUGGCUUCAUAAGAGCCAUAUUCUUCUUAAAUAUUUGGGUUUCUGGUAAGAUAAAGAUGACCCAUCUUUUGUCACAUAUUAAUGGCAGGAGCUAAUUCCUUAUUACAACACCAAUAUUUGAGAAAUUCUGGAUUGUAUCAUAUGUAAAAAUGAAGUGUGUGGGCACCAUAAUUAUAGAAGAAUCUUGCUACAAAAUACAAAUAGUCGAGACUUGCUUAUAUUCUCUGAGGGUUCAAACAGAAAUCAAUGCCGAAACGAAUCUGCUUCAGCUCUACAAAUCACAUUGCCUAUUAAGGUAUCACAUAAUUCAAUAUGCAGCGCUGAUACAAUUAAACAUGUCUUUUAAAAUCAAAAUUGGUUCUGUCUAUAGAAAUGUUCGACGCUGAUGUAUGCUUUGUAUACCAUAUAUAUGUUGUGAAUAUCAAUUAGGCAUUCAAUAUUAUGUGCAUGGAUUUUGCGUAUGCUUACUUCAACUUUUGCAGUAUUGUUAUUUUCAAAUUGCAGAUGAAUAUGAUCUAUGAAUGGUUUCAUUGAUUUUUUUAGCUAAUUCUCAUUUAUUGCUAGUAGAGGGUUGUUUUUGCAUCUUCAAACCAACAUUGGUCUGUGCUAUGGCAUAUCCUUGUUAUUUUUGUAGGAAUUAAUCAGACAAGUACAAGUCCCCCUCACAUCAAGCAAAGCUAGUGGUCUCAGAUCUUUGUUCCAGGUCAGUGCUUCUGCCUGCUGUGUCCACACCAAUAAGCGAAGAGAGAGAUAAACAGAGGCUGGAGAGUUUGAGAUGGGAUUAUGGUGAAUUUCUGUGUGGCAAUAUAGGGCGUCGACCGGAGUGGUGGUGGACGGGUGGCAUCUAUCAAUUUAUUCUUUAUCAGUGUGUAAGCUUACUCUUCCCUUUUCAGUGACCACUCGUAUCACCCAUACCUGGUUUUGUUGCCUUCUUCAACUGUUGGCAGAUCAAAAUACAUGUGCACUGUUACUUCGUCCAACUGUUAUUCGAUUAUUUCCCUGGACUACAACCAUAUUAUCCAUAGCAGGCACAGCGGUCUACACGCCAAACUAUUGUCACUCAUCGAGCAAUUGCUACCAGCCCUCCAUUGAUGUCCAAAGUUACUUCGUCUCCAUCCCAAUAAGUAAGUGCUGCAAUUGUUUUAUGAAGCCUAUACCAAGUUUAUUGUCCAAUGCAGCAAUGAUAUCCCAUCACAAUUUCUACCGGUGUACAUUUUCCUGGUAGAUGAUAGCUUUUAAAUGUUUUUUUAUUGUUUUUAUUUUAACACCGUUGAGUUUUUGGUUGAUUUCCUAUGGUCAAUUAUAACUUGUAGACUAUAUCAAUGAUAACUUCUAUUCUAGUUAUCAGAUAUAUAUGUUGCAUUUAUUCUUUUUCUUGGA